UUAUUUUGAAAGCACCGGCUAAGAAACUUGGCUACGAUGAGUAGCACUGUCAUCUAAAGUAAGAAGCACUCAAAACUUGCAAGUAAACCUUGACAAUUUGGACUAUUUUUGCCAAAAUAUGCGGAAUACAAGGAGAAGCAGAUAGUUUAAGUGUCGUGAAGACGUUUCAGUCAUCUUAGUUCGGUGUUUACCUCAUUUGUAGACCAUAUUGAGGCGAACUAGCUCGCUAAUCUCAGUUAUAUCUUUGGCUGUAUAAGUAUUGGGUGCUGAAUUUGCUCCUUCCACGAAAAAGCUGCCUUAAAAUGGACACCGGCCCCAUUUAUGUCCGCGAAAGGGGCAACCUUCGUCGUGUCAAUGACAUAGUCCUGGCACAGCCAAAGUCUGUAUCCUCCUCAUGCUCCUCAUGCAGAAGGACAGACCCAUUUGUGCUGAGAAAAGAGCACUUUAUAUUCACCUACAACGCAGAGGGAAGCCUGAGAUACACAACCAAAUCUCUCUUUGACAUCACUCUGCUGUUUGUGGUUGACAACAUCUACCAUGUGGACUCUCUGGUGGGCUUCCCUGAGCAAAUAGGAGAUAAGCUUUUUGCUGCAGCAGAGGAGAAGCAUGUCUUUCUAAACGCUGAGAUUUCCACCAAAGCCCUGCUGUUAUUUAGUGAUGCAUAUGGAGAGAUGGUGCUAAGAUCCCUUUGUCUGAGAAACAGGUUGGUGAAAGCUUUUUAUUUAUUUAUUCACAUUUUAGGUAACACAAGACAAGACAAUAAUACACCAACAACAACAACCUAAGACAAAACAAAAGAGAGAAGGGGGGUUAGUGCAUGCUCCUAAUGGUCCUGUUUAAGAUAUCUAUAUUCAUAUUCAUACAAGGUACAUUGCAAACAUGAUAUGUCAGGCCACAACAGGUUACAAACUUUGCACUUUGCAUCAAAACAAAGGAAAUCACUACAAUGAUAGUGAAGACAACACACCCUGUCACAUCUGUUUCCAAAUUACCUCCGAUCUUGCUGUAUUACCAUUCAGUUUGUCUGUGAGUCGCUCCAUGCUUACAAAGUUAAAAAACUCAGACAAGGUUUCUAUAGAUUCUCUUGGCAGCUAAAAAAGCUAUGCCAACUGUUUUCCUUUCCAGCUGCUUAUCCCUCUGACCCAACAGACAUAACGCUUGACAUGGCGAAAUAUUAACUUUAACAAUCUUUGAAAUCAACUUGCAAACAUGGUGAAAUUUUGUAACACAUCUCCAUCUUUUGAGUUGACCUCUAACAUCCAUUUGUCCUCUUAUUCCUGCAGAUUUCCACUCUUGCAUGAGAGGAUGAGUGAAAUAAGAACAUUUCACAGUUUGAAGUCUUUGGAUUUGUUCGGCUGCAGGCUGGGCGACGAUCAUGAGAUAUUCCUGCAUCUUACAUCCAGCUCACUGGCGAGGUAAUGCUUCAUUUUUGUACCCCAGGGAGAUUCUGUGGCAUGUUUGAUCGAUGUUAAUGUCUCGCUCGUCCCUCUUAUUAGCAGUUUGAAUCAGCUGUUCAUUGGCGGUAACAGUCUGUCAGAUGCUGGCCUGCAAAAACUGACUGCUCCGAUUCGUAUGAUGAAGAAGGGGCUGGACUGUCUCCAGGUUCUUGAUCUUUCCUGUCAGUAGUCCAUGCUUUUAUUUUGUUGAAGAAGCUCUAACACCAUCAAACCUGUUUUAUCUGGCACCACAAAGUGUUAAUUAUAUAUUACUUUGUUUGUCUUGCAGAUAAUCCCAUCUCAGAGAGAGCCUAUAGAUACCUCACAUGCCUGUCCAAACUUGAAAAACUCGAUUUAUCCGGAACGAGUUUGAAGGUAUAGAAAUAACACUGUUGGAUAACAUUUAGCUGUGCCUGACUGUGAUUGUGAUGUGUACAUGUCAUUUUUAACUCCAGCUUUGCACAAGAUUGAAGACGACCAUAUGGGAUCUGUUGGGGCUCAUUUAUUCCGAGGAACCGCUGGACACUUUCGAUCACACCAGAUGCAAAACAGAAGGCUGGGCAGAGCAGGUAAGUGUCUGCAGACAUCGAUUAAAGUAAAUGUCUUUUGUGACAGGCUAAAAUUCAUUGUCUCAUUCCCAGGUUGUACACCAGUGGGAAUCUAAUAACUCACACCUGCCAAAACAGAAGAAAAUUGAAGAAUCCAGAUCCUCAGCACUUCACUUUUGUAAGUUUAUCCAAGGUUACGCUCACAUAAGCCAUCCUUAACAUCAUUACUAUUUAUCCAACAUAAUAAGUGUCUUUGUUCUCUAGUUGGCAGGCAGAAGUUUGUCAGGGAGGUACUGAAAGCGGCACCCUUGAUAUGUGAGAGUGCAGAAGAUGCGAAGAGUGAGAGACUGCAUUUCUCCAAACCUGCCGCUAACAAUCACAUACCAGGGAAACUGACUCUGCCAGCAACAAAUCAUCAUGCAAAGCAUUCCUGUCAAGCGAUGAAAAAGAGGCAGCGCCAGUCAGGAGACUGCGACAGGUCACCUCAGGCUACCCGGAGCCCUCCAUCUAAACGUUUGUCCUCAUCGACACUCACUGCAGAGGACAUGGACUUGUUGAACAGCUACUGAUUCAGCCAUGUAGUAUUCCUCUGGAGUGUAUCCGCCUCAAAUUAACAGGAAUAUUUUUAAAACAGCCAAAAUGGAGUUCCGAGUUUGGAUAUUUUUAUAAAUAAAGUGUUAAAUUUUGUGAA